AUGACUACCACUAUAGCUGCUGUAUUGCAAAAAUCAACUUCGCAAUUACAAGUAAAAGAAGUUCCAGUUGCACCAAUUAACUCCGAUGAGAUUUUGAUUGAAUCUAAAGCUGCUUCUAUUAAUGGUACUGAUUACUAUCAUAUAGAUUAUGAUUGGGCCCCUGAUGGUGCAAUCAUGGGUUUAACUGUAAGUGGUAUCGUUUUGAAAGUUGGUAAGGAUGUAAAGAGAUUUGGUCCUGGUGAUUUUAUAGCCAGCUUUAUCCACGGCGGUGAUUAUUCCAAUCCUGAUAAAGGUGCCUAUUCUAAGUUUGCAAUUGUUCAAGAAGUCUACUCAAUUAAGUUAAACGAGCUCAGUUCAUCCAAUCUUCAAAUUUUACAGUCAGGAAAUAUUGAUACAUUUGAAGGUGCAUGUUCAAUUCCUGACGCAAUAAUAACCUUAGGAUGCAGCUUAUACUUUACAUUAGGCGGGAGUUUUCUGCAAUUACAAAAUAAAAGCCUUUUGAUCUAUGGUGGCUCAACAGCAACAGGAUUGGUGGCAAGUCAAAUCGCAAAACAAUUUGGGUGGACUGUCAUUUCGGUGGCAUCCAAAAAGCAUGCAACUUUAAUUAAGGGUUUCGGUGCGGAUUAUUUAAUUGAUUAUCACGACCUGAAUGUAAUGCAACAGAUCAAAAAUAUUGACCCAAAUAUAACUAUGGCAUUACAUACUAUAGGAGGCAUUGCAACUUUGCAGCUUACCCAUGAUUCUGUUUCUGAUGUUAUGCCAACAAAGAUAGACUCCUUGGUAGCUUCAAAUUUUGAAGCUAUUAAGAAUCCAAAGUCCAAUGUAGAAUUCACUAUGACAAGAGCAUUUACUGCAAAUGGAAAUGAGGCUAGAUAUAAUAAUGGAUCUGUAUUUCCAGCGAUCCCUGGAAUUAAAGAAGCUAUGCUCGAAUUCAUUCCUACUAUUCAAAAAUCGAUAAAUAAUAAUGAAAUAAAGCACAUACCAAUAAAAAUUCAACCAAAUGGAUUGAAUGGUAUUAAUGAUGGGCUCAAACUUAUUCGAGAAGGUGAAAUCAGUGGAGAAAAGUUGGUUAUACAGUUUUAG